UGUCCGGAUCUUGCUUCCAAACGCAUCUGCAAGUCGAAAUGUCGCACCUGUCACCCCAAACUAAGCCCUCCAACACCACUAACCCCCGAGUCUUCUUUGACGUGGACAUCGGAGAGGAGCGAGUUGGUCGAAUUGUCUUAGAAUUGUUUGCAGAUAUUGUACCCAGAACUGCAGAAAAUUUUCGUGCACUGUGUACAGGAGAAAAAGGCAUUGGACCCACAACUGGGAGACCUCUCCAUUUCAAAGGGUGCCCUUUCCAUCGAAUUAUUAAGAAAUUUAUGAUUCGAGAUGGAGACUUCUCAAAUCAGAAUGGAACAGGUGGAGAAAGUAUUUAUGGUGAAAAAUUUGAAAAUGAAAAUUUCUAUUAUAAGCAUGAUCGAGAGGGUUUAUUGAGCAUGGCAAAUGCAGGCCAAGAUACAAAUGGUUCUCAGUUCUUUAUCACAACAGUUGCAACUCCUCAUUUGGAUGGGAAACAUGUGGUGUUUGGCCAAGUAAUUAAAGGAAUAGGUGUGGCAAGGAGACCGGAAAAUGUAGAAGUGAAAGGUGAGAAAUCUGCCAAAUUGUGCGUUAUUGCAGAAUGUGAAGAAUUGAAGGAAGGGGAUGAUUGGGGAAUAGCCCCAAAAGAUGGUUCUGGUGACAGUCAUCCAGAUUUCCCUGAGGAUGCGGAUAUUGAUUUAACAGAUGUAGAUAAAAUUUUAUUAAUAACAGAAGACUUAAAAAACAUUGGAAAUAAUUUUUUCAAGUCCCAGAACUGGGAGAUGGCCAUUAAAAAAUAUACAAAAGUUUUAAGAUAUGUAGAUGGUUCAAAGGCUGUUUUUGAGAAAGCAGAUAGAUCUAAGCUGCAACCUGUAGCUUUAAGCUGUGUACUGAAUAUUGGUGCUUGUAAACUGAAGAUGUCAAAUUGGCAGGGAGCAAUUGACAGUUGUUCGGAGGCCCUUGAAAUAGACCCAUCAAAUACCAAAGCUCUGUACCGCAGAGCUCAAGGAUGGCAAGGAUUAAAAGAAUAUGAUCAAGCAUUGGCUGAUCUUAAGAAAGCUCAGGAGAUAGCACCAGAAGAUAAAGCUAUCCAGGCAGAGUUGCUGAAAGUCAAACAGAAGAUAAAGGCACAGAAAGAUGAAGAGAAGGCAGUAUAUGCAAAAAUGUUUGCUUAA